CUUAUCCCAUGUCAGACACACACCAGGUAGUGCGACUCAUAAAAGUGGGGUAGAUUUAGAUUCAUUUUUCUGUAAGAUACUCAUCUAUUUUCGUUUUGUCUUGAACCCAAUAAGAAUACACCGUUCUCCCAGUGGUCUUUCAUACAUACUUGUACAAUAUAUAGCAAAUUUUUUUUUUCGUUUUAUUCUUCCUUCAGUGGGGUGCACGCCGGACGGUGCAACGUCUGAUAUUUAACAACUGAUCAAACCAUGUCGGUACUCUGAUUCUCAACUACGAUGAUUCCGGUGUAGCAAUCUCCCUGAUAUAUUUUUUCCGACUUUUCGUGCUUGGUUGCAGAAAAUAAUACCGUGCACAAGCUACAAGUACAUGUAGCAUUGCAGCUCCAAAAUGCGACUCCACCACCUGGCAUGGACGCUGCUGUCGCAACUGGUUCAGGGUGGACUUGCCAGUGAGACAGUACCUCAAAAGGCUCCGGUCGUCGCGACUCCCACACGCAUCGCUGCAACUACGGUUCCUGCGAACGAGCAUCGAAGGUAUGCGAGGAAAACAGGCCGCGGGAAGGGGCUGCUUCGUGCGGAAAAAAUUAUUGACAGGCACGAGUGCUCCGACCACAACAGAAAAUCAACCAACGGAAGUGGUGCAGUCGAUUUUUCUGUGGUUUUGUCGCAUAAUGAUCAUGAGGCUUCAGUUCGUCUAGGCCACAGUUUGUCUGCGCCACAACUUCGGGUUUUGUGCUUAAGUAGUUAGCAGAAGGGCCUUCUACAAUUUUUUUGAUCAUGAUGUUCUCGACAAUGUGCACCUUCUUUCGCAACGACAUUCUUUGGCACACAACCAGGUCCCAGUGCUCGCCGGCGGGAGCAGAUUGUUCAGAAGCCGCUGCGGCAGGUUCCAGGGGUAGAUCACUCGACUGGUACGACGACAUCGCUUGCAGCAACCACUGUGGGCUUAGAGAGCCAAGUAACGCUAACCGCCGAUCGCGUCGGGAAGAACAAAGAAAGUUGCAGCGCGGACACUUGCACACCAAGAUCAGGGACACAGGAGGAUUCAGCGAAAGGUCAAGUUCCCGGCCUCACAGCGGGACGCCUGCUGGAUGACAUCCGAAGUUUGGAAGACGGGUUGAUGCUGGCGGCAACAAAGGACAGUCUGUUGAACCACAGCGACGGCAUUUUGAGCUUCCUUUCACCAAAAGAUACGGCUUCCCUACUGCAGGUGAGUAAAUUGCACUCGCAAAAAGACGCGCUGGGUGCAGCCGCGGCAACCGCUGCUAUUGCUCAAGACCAGAAAAACCGAAUGGUGGAAGCACGCACGGAGAGCUGCGAAGAUUUAUUUCUCGAGGUGCUGCGAGAAAGAGUUGGCCAGCGAAAACCGAACUACUACUGGAACCAAGAGACAGACGGGGGCUUCGAUUUCCUCCGGAAAUUUCAACGCGUCGUGGAAUUCCCGGACAACAAGAGGGAGCCGCCAAGCCAAACGGAGUGGAGCGUAAAUAAUUAAAUGCGUUUUAUGGUGCUCAGUGAAUUACUUCUCAUCACACAUAGCUACAUCACACGACGAUAGAUUUCAUUUCGUUUCAUACAUAAGGGUUGAAGCGCCUCGUCUCUGGCUUCUUCUUUGGUACGGCGUUUUCUUGACUUGAAAUCAUCCACGCCAUCCUAGGUCCUCCUUCUGAUGACGAUGGCGGCGGAAACCUGCAACCCUGCAACGUGGCAUGGUUUUACGGACAACGUUAAGGGCAACCUGCGAAGCAGAUACGGUCCGCAAAACCUUCGGCAUGGAUGUCACGCUGCAGACAGAGACUUCUUUCGUGAGGUGUUAGAUUUCUUUCACGAGGGCGUUGCAGAUGCAGCAUCCGGACCUAUG